AUGUUUGUGUGCAAAGAUUCUCUAAUUCUGUCUGGUACAAAAUCUGCAGGUGGGAGCACGCCGGAAAAGCCAAGUCCAGUGGCCAUGGGGCCCGCCGAGCAGUCCCAUCACCAGAUAACCAUCAAUAGUGGCGGCCCAGCUGCUGGUGGGGCUGCUGCCGAAAGCAUUAAUUCGGUCGGCCGGAGAUUCAGUUUCCGGCGAACUCGUCCGAUGAGGAUUAUUAGUGAUCCUAAGCGGAUACUCGUCUUUUUUGCAACACUGUCAAGCAUUGGAACUAUUUUACUAAUCUAUUUCACACUAUCCAUGGCCAAGCUCAAUUCUGAUGGCACUGCUUCAAUCUGA